AUGAAGCACUUCACGGUUAAUCACCGCUACAACUUUGUUGACCCAAAAACUGCAGCUAACACGCAAAAAAUCGAACGUCUUUGGGGAUCUGCGAAAUGGAGGAAUAAAAAACAUCGGGGAACAUCGCGGCAUCACUUGGAAAGUUACUUGGCAGAAUUCAUGUGUAGACAAGAAGCUAAAGGGGAAAAUUUUUUUGAAUGGAUUUGUAAGAAAAUUGCGGAAUUUUGGCCUCCAGAAUAAUGUUUAUUUGUCAUUUUUUUGUUUUUAUAAAUUUAUUGCCUUUGACCAUUAUUUGCCUUUGACCAUUUUUUAAUUUUAAGCGGCAAUGAGAAAGGAAGGAAAGAGAAGAAAAAGGGGGGCAUAAAAAAUGGGGGGAGAUAACACAAGAGUACCAAGAAAAGUUCG